AGUUUUGUAGAAUGAAAACUGAAGAAUGCCAUCAAAGAAAAUUCUGAAUAAAUCGGUACUUAUGCAUAGCAUUUUAACAAUUAGAACUAAAAUCAUGUAUGGUUUGUAAACAUCCGACAUAACAAUGUACACCUUAACACCUUAACAAACUAAGACUUUUGGCGCAAAAAUUGAAAUUAGCUGUCAAAAAUGAACAGCCCCAAAACAUAAGGCGGGUAUAAGCAGGCGAUGUGGGUUAAUCAUGAAUAAUAACCUGCAAACAGGUAGAUAUGACAUAGGAGAAAAACUCUUCCAGAUCGAUGACCGAAAUGAUCAGGAGAAGCAGUGGUUGGUAUCACUCAUUGACACAUUCCCAAUCAUUAGAGGCCACUGCUCCGACGAUGAGUUUCACAGAUUUUUGUUGGGGCUGAGGCGACUAGUGCGGAGGCAGUUUGUAGAGUACAAGCUGGUCAGUGUCGGGGAAUUGUUGGACUGCAAGGAUGGCUUCUGUGUGAACAUUCAGUCCAAGGAAAGUCCAGAGGCCCACACUCAGAAUUCCAGGCAAUCUCACAGCAGGAGAGUUUUGUAUGGGCAGUUUGUAUGUCAGACUCUGAGACAUGAUGACCAGGUAUCAGGCGUUCAACUACAGGACAACACAGGAGCCAUUGACUGCAAGGUGACUGAAUCCAUCAGACAUAACCUGAUUUGUACCAAGGAUUCCUGGUGUAUUCUGACAUCAUGGAGACUGGUCUCAAAUGAAACAGGUUUGAAUUAUAUUGAAGUUUCAAGAUUCUCUAAAGAGGAGAAUGAUCAGAACAUGAAGCGAGAUAUCCGAGUUCUGUCAACUGUAGAUGUCUCAACCUUACUGAGAAAUAAGGAUACACUUCAUACCAACAGAAUAAAUGUGAUUGGAGAGAUCAGAUGCAUCAGUGAAGUUAUCAAAAUUAAAGAGGAUCUGAUACUUUUGAUUGAGUUAGAAAACAGUAUUUUCAUAAUUGUAAAGGACAAGAAGUUCCUUCACUGGCGCGACCUCCUGUCUCCUCGGACAGAGCUGGUAUUUGUCGACCUUCUCCCUACCUCCCUCUAUAAGGGAUCAGAACAGGAGAAACGAGUCUUGGUUCCGUGGAAGAAUGCGAAGGUGUUACUACCAGUGAUGGCAAACAUUGAGGUUCUAUCACUCUCUGGUUGGCUGAAACAGAACCCAUCAAACUUGACCCUGAUCAGACAAACAGGCCCCACCCCCUCCUCCUGCCCUGAGGAACUAUGUACCUACAAGGGGGAAAUCACAAACACUGACCUAGAGAGCUUUGGUAUCUACCAGCUGGAUACAACUGUAUGGCUUAUUCUGAGCGGCUUGCCCUACAAACAUCAGUACAGCGACCUUCACCUUGGUUCCACAGUCACAGUCUACAACUGUCACAUGUGUGCCUUCAAACAGUUUCCCAAGAUCUGUAUUGUUUGUUGUAUGAGCUCCAGCUUCAGAGUGACUGAGUUUUCUGUCAUUACUCCGCAGGUUAAGAGUCUUAAACCCUCUGCUUUCAUCAGAAAAUGGCUAUGGAGAUAUUCAGUCACCAAGAUGAUGAUCUUCCAGUUUUCCCGAUUUCUUAUUUCUCUGUACAACAAGUUCCACACCAGCCUGUGCUCUCGGUUUGACUGGCUGCUAGAGAAGUAUGUGAACUGUGAAAUGAACCUUCCUAAGCGAGACUACAUGAAGGAAUUUCUGUCUACACCUCACAGCUGUCUCCUGCUCGGAAGGGAAAUAGAUACGAAGCCCUUGGACAGUUUCCUACCCGUUAUCCCCCUGUGCUCAGACAUUGUGUUUGAUUCAGCUUUGAUCCACAGAGUCGGAUACGAUAUCAUCCAGAACUUGAGAACUGUGGAACACCUAAACUCGGAUCUAUAUUGGUUGUACCACAGUCAAGAUCAGGAUGUCACUCAGGUAUUGAUAGGGUAUAUACAGUUCUGUCCUGAUACAGGGGGGGUUCUCUUGAUGGAUGAUACAGGGUGUCACAAAUGUCUUACCCUGACAGGACGAGACAAAAGUGAGCUCUCAUUUUCAUCUUUGAAUGGGUGUCUGGUGGCUAUACAGAAGUACAGCAUCGUGUUUGAAAAAUUCCAACUCUGUCAGUACCCCAACUGUAACUCUUAUGGAGAUCAAAGUUAUGUCAGAGGUUCUAGAGAAGACCAUUACCUGGUGGUGUCUAUCUCGAACAUAGAGAUCCUAAUAAAGAACAAAAAAUCUAAAGUCAGCACCGACAAAGAGCGAGUUCUGUGUUGUGUGAUCCACAAGGAAUCUCUGUUAUUAGAUGGAGUGAGCUCAGGGAGGCCCCACUUCAGGUUCACAGCUUUCGGUUACUUCCUGGAUACUUCCUGGUCGGAGGAGGAAGUUCAUGACUUUGGGAACGAUGCUCUUAAAUUUUGGAAAGAACGGUAUCUGGCUGAUGAUGUCACAUGGACAUAUGCAGGAGGAGACGACAAAACGAGAAAUCUGCUGUCGGCCACCAAAAUCCUGCUGUUCCAGAACGCCUCGGUCAAGUGGUACAACACACUGCAACCAGGCAAGCAUUACUGGUUCUCCUCAGAGGGUGGACUGACUCCAGUGUCUGCCAAGAGUUCUCUGAAGUUUCUGAAGAAGGCUGAGAAACAAGCUGGGGGUAAAACCUGUGUACUUGUCCCAUCAGAUUUAUGGGUCACUGAGAGAAAACUAGAUUACAGGUGUCAACAGAUGACAUGCCAUGUAUGUAAAAACUCGUCUAUGCUCUCAGAGAUCAGUGAGAUAACUAAAGAAAGUUUCCAGAAUAAAAUGGUGAGUUUUGAGGGAAGAAUUAAGAACAGACGACAUUUGCCGGCGGAUAAUCAGCAGUAUCAGAAAAAGACCACGAGUCUCAGUGGUUCAACUUCAUGUGUAUCCACUCUGGAUAAUCGUAAAAUAAGUUUGACGGUCAGUAGUCUUGAUGCUGAGGAAGAGGUCGUUGUGUACAUGACACUGACCAACACACGCUAUCCACUGGGCCUCCUCCCUGGUCAUGUGAUCAGGUUCCGUAACCUGGAAAGGAGAGUGUCACGGCACGGCUCGGUCUACUGUCAGUAUGUAGUUGUCUCUACCCUAGAGAUCCUGGUGGCAGGGACACAGCCACUUCUCAGAGAGGUAAAAGAGCCAGAGAUGAAGGACUCUCUAUGGGAAAAUGCCCUUACCCAUCAUCUGUGUGAAAUCUGGAGACCCCCAGACAUGUCAAUCUUUCAAUGUGUUACGCAUAUCCAUAGGAUAACCAAGCUGUCCUUUAAAAGCAUGUGCCUUAACUGUAAUUCCAUCAUAUAUAACGGAGAGUGUGAAAAUCACCUUUGUAAUCCUGAUCACGGCACCAAAUUUUCAGCUUCAGCAAGUUUUUCUGUAGAUGAUGGAACAUCUUUUGCCAAUGUGAAAUGUUAUUCUGGGGUUGUUCAGAAACUUCUAGAACUCAGUGAUAUAGAAUGGGUGAAUUUGGAGGAAGCUGUAAAGCUACAAGGAGACAUAUUUAUAACCUCAAAUAAUGAUAAUGGAAGCAGUGUUGAGUUUUUCCUUCAAACCUUACGUGGAGGAAGUCAUCUCCAUUUGCCCAAACAACUUUUGUUAAAGCCAGACAGACAAACGAUGUCACAAGACGUCUAUUAUAAUUUGGAUGCAGCCUCUUCAUCAGAUUUUCCAAUGAAGGCAGUAGACACGGGUUAUGGACAAGUGGAAACAAAAUGUCUGCCGAUCCUCCACCUGACAUGUCUGGACAUCCGCCAACUCGACGUCACUUCUUACGUCAUGAACAAUUUAACUUCCUCAAUGUAAAACAAUUUUUUGCAAAGAUGGUUAGUCAA